UUAUAUCUCAGCUCUAUUUGUAGCGCGUUAUCUCUCACAACUUUUAUAUGAUUGUAAUUACCCUUUAUUUUAUACUAGGAAUCGUUGCCUCUAGUUUUUCGCGUUUCCUUUGUCUGUCUAGUUGCUGAUUUGUUGCUUAAAGUCUGCGAAUUAUAUAAAAUUAAAAUUAUACUAACCCCCUAGAUUUCGGUGUGCCAAGAAUAUAUAUUUUUGCAGAGGUUAUUAAGUUUUACUGCGUGUUGCAGUUAACUUGUGCACUGUUUAUGAUUUUAGAUUUGUACAGGACAUCGAACACAUGUAUACCACCAUAAUUUUUGUCCAAGUUGCCGCCAGUGUGAUUGUGAUUUGCUCCACUACUUUCGAAAUCGUUAUUUUUCCCAUUGGAAGCGGAGAAUUUAUCAGAGCAUUUACAUAUUUGAACUCAAUGCUCGCGCAGGUCGCGAUGUAUUGCUGGUUCGGACAUAAUCUGAAAACUUUGAGCGAAAAUGUUGGCACCGCAUGUUAUAUGUCAACGUGGUACCUUACAGAUAAAUAUUUUCAACGGUCAAUCAUUCCGUUCAUGGAAAGGGCAAAGAGGCCAGUCGUCUUGACAGCUGCCAAGCUGCUUCCGUUAACACUAAACUCACUAAUGAUGAUUUUACGUUCUUCGUAUUCGUUUUUAGCGGUGCUACGACACAUUUACGGAGACAAAUAGGGUAACGGCGACACAAGGACAGAAAAAUAAAAGACAGUGGUUAAUUUUUUAUUGCUCAAGCUUUGACAAUCGCUUUUC